AUGUCAACCAGCGAUCCAGCUGAAGAAGCAGGCCAAGAGAUUACUUAUAAGGAACUCCUGGCCGAACUUGAAGAAGAAUUCACUGACGAAAGCUUCAUCCCAGACCAAAGAUCCAUAAUCACCAAUGAGAGUGUAUUUGAACUUGAGCAAGAAGAAAUUGAUGUUUUGAAGACUCUUGAGUAUGCCAGACUUUCUGAAAUUUAUAACCCAAGUCGCACCAGCUUCUUUGGGGAGAUCUCUCCUGAGGUGAUCCAGCAAGGCUGACUCUGAAAUUCAUACUUCCUGUCAGCCGUCAGUGCUCUGGCAGAGAACCCAGAGAGAAUUAGGAAAUGCUUCAUAUCUCAAGAUUGGAACAGAGUUGGCUGUUAUGCCACAGAAAUGUAUUUGAAUGGAGAAAGGACUGAGAUUAUCAUUGAUGAUUUCAUCCCUGUCUAUGAAAACUCUAAAGAUAUUGCCUUCUCUAGAUCCACCACAGACAGUAUAUGGGUCCAGCUUCUUGAGAAAGCAUGGGCAAAAGCAAAUGGAGGAUAUGACAAAAUUGUAUUUGGGCUUUCAAGUGAGGUACUCAAAGCAAUCACAGGAGCCCCUGUAUUCACCUUAGACCAUGACAACUGUAAAACAGAGGAUGUAUGGAAGAAUCUCAAGGAUGGCAUUAGGAAUGGCUACGCAAUGCUUUGUAGCUUAGAUACUGAGAAGUAUAAUUUUGAUGAUCAAAGCAGCAUCAGCAACUUCUCCUACAAUGUGAUUGGAACCUAUAAGAUCAAUACAAGCAAUGGGAACGUUAAGCUGAUCAAGAUAAGAAACCCUUGGAAAAAUUUUGAUUGGGAAGGAGAUUGGUCUGAUGAAUCCGACCUCUGGACAAGCGAAAUUAAAGAAGAAGCUGAAUAUGAAUCUAGUGAAAAUGGAAUAUUCUACAUGACUUUGGAAGAUUACCUUGAAUCUUUCGUCGCAAGUGUCAUCUGCAAAAUCCAUGAUGAUUAUGAAUACACCAGAUUUGAGGUGAAGCAAGAUAUUGGAAGCCAUUCUGUACUCAAGCUUCAAGUGGUUCAGGAUUCAAAAAUUUUCUUAAAUCUUUCUCAGCUAGCUUAUAGAAUUGUUCCUAAGGAGUAUGGGUACAAGCCUUAUAAUGCUAAAAUGGUUCUUGCAAGGCUUGAGAAAGACAACAAGGACUUCCCAUUAGAAUAUAUUGACGCCAUUGUAGAUGAAAAGGAUGAAAUAGCAAUUGAAGCAGAUCUGAUAGCAGGUGAAUAUUACCUAUAUUGAGAAAUUGACUGGGAUGAAAACAGGCCUCAUGAUUCAUUUAUUGUUUCAUUCUAUGGUCCUCAUUUAGCUAAUCUGUAUGAAAAAUAACUACCCUAGUUUCUUGGAGAAGGCACUAGCAUCUUGAGCAAUGCUUAAAUCCCAGAGGCAUUAUUAUUAUGACCACAAGCAAGAGAAUUCAUUCAGAUGCAUGAGUGUGACAGAUUCAAAAUGAGAAUAUGGUUUCUUGUUCUACUAUAAUGACUCUAAGGAUGCUGUCCUAGAGGAGAAGAUCAACUUCUCUAGACUUGAUAACCUCGAAUUAGCAGAUCCCUACAGCGGAACAGCAGCUAAAAUUAAGGUUAGUGCAGGAAAAUCUAAAAUUGUAAUUCUAAGAAGGACUGAUAGAUACUGCAAAUACGAAGUUGAGUACAAAACCAGAUUCUCUUUUGGAGAAAAGAAGUAUCUCGAAGAAAUUUAUGAUAAAGGAAAGAAAAUCCAAGUCACUUACAACAAAGAGCCUUUUGAUAUUUUCAUCUAUACGAUGUAUGGAGGAAGUGACUUCUAUUUCUUGAUGGAGAACCACACUGAAGAUAAGCUUUGUAAAGCAAAGUUCAAGCUUGAUUUGAGAAAUAUGCACGAUAUUGACAAUCCAAGCAGUAAAUCAUGGGUUAUUGAUAUUUAUCCUGGAGCUAAAAUAGUCAAGAAGCUAUCGACAACAGAUUCUUCAAAGAAGAGCGGGGUUAAGUAUUCUUAUGCGUUCAGAGUUGAAGAAGUUCUAAACGAUGAAGAACUUAUCAUAGAUAAGGUAAAACAGAAGGGUAAGAUGAAGCAGAUUCAAUAUAACAAUGAAGAGUAUAAUAUUUACUUCUACUCCUCAUUUUUCCAAAAGAAGUUCUACUUCCUUUAUGAGAACAAUGAGAGUGAUAAAGUGUUUGAAGGAAACUACAAGUUCACAAAGACAAACUUGAAGAUAGUAGGAGAUGAGGAUUCAGACUCCAUUAAAGUUCUUCUCCAACCUGGAGAAGUAGCCUUGAAAGUUUUAGUCCCCAUUGAUCCUGACCAAGAGUGUACGAUCUCUUACAAAUACACUUAUGUAGUUCAAGAUCUCUAAACACUGACGUCAAGCAUGGAAUCAUAGAUAGAAUUAACAUCAAUAAAUAUAGUUCA